AAAUAUCGCGCUCCAUGAAUCAACACUGGUGUAUUACGAGUUGAAAACAAUGAUGGACACACUCGAUUGGUUAACUAUAGAGGUCAUAACCCUAGACCAAUGCCGAACGACGGUUGAUUGACGGCUGUAUUGUCCCGAUAAGUGUUCUUGCUACCCAAGGGGUCUACUUUGAACACAGCGAACAUUUGUGACGACCAGGAUGAGCUUAAAUGUCUUAUUUACGUUCUUCUGUAUUUUCGCAGCAGUUUCUGGUAGAAAUACCAAAACAAAAUGGUCAAAACCGAACCGCUACGACCCAACAGAAUCUCCUUUAUUCAAACAGGAGAUACUAAAGCUUAUGGGACUUCGCCAAAGGCCGAAACCAACUGGUAUCUCGUCGCACUUACGACGAUUAAUGUCUGCUCCAAGAUAUAUGAUUAAGCUGUAUAACAGUAUUUCACAAAACCAGUCAUUCCACGAUGGGUUUUGUUGUAAUAAUACCAUAGCUGAUUCGAGAGCUUUGGGAGCUGAUACAAUCAUGAGCUAUCUUCACCCAGUGUAUGGCAAAGGCCCUAAACUAUCUCAUAAUCAUGCAAAGUUCCACUUCAAAAUCGUUUCCCCAGUUGGCGAGAAGAUCACCGCCACGGAGUUUCGACUAUACAAAGCCAGAACCACUCCAAGCAAAUAUUGGCAAAAUAGUACAUUCGUACUACGUCUUUACCAAAUCAUUUACCCUGCUCAAGUGUUGGACCUGAUCGAAAGAAGAGUGUUACGAAGCUGGGACGUUGGUUGGCAAGCGUUUGACAUCAGUAAAGCUGGUAAAUCAUGGUCAGAAAGUCCGUCCAACAACUACGGUUUGGAAUUAUCUGUGGAGAACUUUUAUAAUCAUGAAGUGAGUCCAUACAAGGCUGGGUUCGUGGGAUUUAAUGGACCGCAAGAAUUUCAUCCAUUUAUUGUCUCKUUUUUCCAACGAGAUAGUGAUGAUUCCUACUCCAGACGAUUUUACCCAGAAUUCAUGAAGCAUAAACAAGGUCGAUCUUCCCGCGUCACACGGUCCGCUAACUCCAAAGCAGGCGCAAACAGGAAAAACAACUCACAUUUGUCAAAUAAAGGGAUUUGUCAGCGRAGAGUUCUCUACGUCAACUUCAGGAAACUCCAAUGGCAAGACUGGGUGAUUGCUCCUGGGGGGUACUCUGCGUUUUAUUGUCAUGGAGAGUGUUCUUUUCCGUUGAAUUCAAAUAUGAAUGCCACUAACCAUGCGAUAGUGCAGACAUUGGURCAUUUGAUGAACCCUAAGACUGUACCCAAGCCAUGCUGUGCCCCUACUAACCUCUCAUCGAUUUCUGUGCUUUAUUACAACGAUAAUAAAGAUGUUGUUUUGAAAAAAUAUCCAAAUAUGGUGGUGACGUCGUGCGGUUGUCACUAACAUCACUGAACACGUGAUCUCCAUGACGUCAUCUACUAACUUAGUCACAUGAUAUUUAAUUUCGUCACCUAACAACGAACUCUUUCAUCAUUGGCUGUAACAAGUUAUGUGAUGAAGAGCAAGCACACGUGAUGCCAACGAUGCCGAUAAAACAGCCAUKUGGUUCUGCUCAUUUAUAAGAAUAUAAAGAAAAAAAAAUACCUUCAGCAUGUGGGAUGAAGGGAGAACUAAGAACAGUUAUCUUAUACAUCCGCUUUUCGGAUGCAGCCUGACGAUAGUAUGGUAACAUGGUAGUUUAGUCUUCUAAAAUUACAUUUUUAUCAACAUUUCUCUGUUCUGAAUUUUUAUUUAUCAAAAGUUAAAUAAGGUAUAGUCACGUGAUUAGGUAUGACGACAUAGAUCACAUGAUCUUUCAAAUCAGCGACAGGUGUAGCCUGUCGGUACACGAAAAUGCUACGAAAACAACACGAGUAGCGAACGGACCAUUAUCGAUCCUAUUUUGAUUUGUCAUGUGCCAGGAUAGAGRGAAUUGUUAUACUACGAUUUUUAUUAUCAAUUGUAAAUAAUAAUUAUUGGUAAAUUCUUGAUAACUUUCUUUUAUACUGAAUAAAUAUAUUUUAUUUUUUCUCAAA